GAAUUGAGGUUCACGAAUUGAUUCGAAAAAGUUUCGUCGAAAAUCUUCACAAUUUAAUGAUUGAUAAAUAAAUUUAUUUUAUCCGCUCCAUAGUAUUUUCAUAGAUUUUUUUAAAGUAGCGAGUUAAAAUUCAUAAAAAUUUAUUACGAUAAAACCCUAACUCCCAUCCCAUUUUAUUCAAACUAUCUCACUUCACACUUCGAGCUAGAAAACAGUACGAGCGGGGCUGCCAUGAAUUCCAACGGCGUCGGCGAGACGGCGGCGGAUAUCCGCCGGGAAAUCGCCGCUCUACAGAAAGAAAAGGCGGCUAUCGACGACCGUAUAUCAGCUCUGCAAGCGCAGCUCAGCACCUGCGCCUCAGAAGAUGGAACCAACGGCGUCAACUGCUGCGCCCGACCGGAGCCGCCUACUGGCGCCAAAUUAUCGGCGGAUAUGAUAUAUAGGUACAGCCGCCAGCUGAUCCUUCCUUCGUUCGGCGUUGAAGCGCAGGCGAAUUUGCUGAAGUCUUCUGUUUUAGUUAUCGGCGCCGGCGGCUUGGGCUCUCCCGCGCUGCUGUACCUCGCGGCAUGCGGCGUCGGCAGGUUGGGAAUUGUUGAUCAUGAUGUUGUGGAGCUCAACAAUCUGCACAGACAGAUAAUUCACACCGAAGCAUAUAUAGGUAGAUCAAAAGUAGAGUCUGCUGCUGCAGCAUGUCGCUCAAUUAACUCUACUGUCCAAAUAGUAGAGCACAAGGAAGCAUUCCGGACAUCGAAUGCCUUGGAGAUUAUGCGAGAUUAUGACAUUGUUGUUGAUGCGACGGAUAAUGUACCCAGCCGUUACAUGAUCAGCGAUUGCUGUGUGGUGUUGGGGAAGCCUCUAAUUUCAGGAGCUGCACUUGGACUGGAGGGACAGCUAACUGUGUACAAUUUCAAUGGAGGUCCAUGCUAUCGUUGCUUAUUUCCUACUCCGCCACCUGCAACAGCAUGUCAGAGAUGUUCAGACAGUGGAGUUCUUGGAGUAGUUCCAGGAGUUAUUGGGUGUCUCCAGGCCCUUGAGACUAUAAAAGUUGUCGGUGCAGUUGGGGAUCCCUUAUCAGGAAGGAUGCUUCUAUUUGAUGCGCUAUCUGCUCGAAUUCGUAUUGUCAAAAUUAGAGGAAGGUCAUCCCAGUGUGAAGCUUGUGGAGAACAUUCAACAUUGACAGAAGAGCAAUUUCGUAAUUUUGACUACGAAAGUUUUACUCAAUCUCCUCUAUCCACGUCUCCGUUGAAGUUGCACCUGCUUCCAGCAGAAGCCAGAAUAACCAGCAACGAGUACAACGAGAGAAAUUUGAAAGGCGAGCCCCACAUAUUGGUAGAUGUGAGGCCUGCUCAUCACUACAAGAUCACUUCUCUCCCAAAUUCCUUGAACAUUCCUUUGGCAAGCUUGGAAGGAAGGUUGUCCGAAAUAGCUACAGCCUAUGCAAGAGAGGAAAGCAGCCCGGCCGCCACUGGUGAAGCCAGUCAAGUUCCUUCUUUGUUUGUUAUUUGCAGAAGAGGCAAUGAUUCUCAGAGGGCUGUUGAGCUCCUCCGCAAGGAGGGGUUUCCUUUUGCUAAGGACAUCAUCGGAGGGCUUGAAUCAUGGUCACAAGACGUCGAUCCUAAGUUCCCGAUCUACUAAAGAAAAUGUAAGGUGCAUUCACUUUCUUCUCUGGGAACUGAUUGAAAUUCAGAAGGAUGAAUUAUAUUUGAGCAUGCAUUCUAGAGCGUUUAACAGAUUAUAUAAUCGAUAAUUUCGUCCUCGAAAAAUCCUUCACUGCUGUAACUUAAUUGAAUUAUAGAGUGAGCUGUGUUUUAGAUAUAUAUGAUUGAAAGAUGAUUUCAGAUUUAGAGUACCUGGACGUUCACGUUCUGUCCUGAACUUUAAUUGGAAAAAUGAAUUGUCUUCUUAUUA